UUCCCCUUGCUGACUUACCCGGAAGUGGUUCUUGUGUUGUGAUUGUGGAGCUCAGUUAAAGUUAAAAGUGUUAACUUGAUUUAGAAGUGGAACGUUAGCUAGCUGGUGGGAAAAAAUAUUUUCAGCACAAUACCUCAGUCACUGUUAAGGGCUAUGCGAAGAUGAGUGCUGAAACGGCAGACCGGGUGGCCGUGACCGGCAGUCGGCCGAACACUCCCCCACAAACCUCCUGGUUCGAAUUCCUGUUGGACGAAUCGCUGCUGGAAAAUCAUCUGCAGAAGAGCUCUCCAGACCCAUCGCCAGUGCAGCUCGUGAUCCAGUUCUUGGAGCAAGCUUCCAAGCCCUCUGUGAACGAACAAAACCAAGUCCAGCCUCCCGCGGAUAAUCGCAGGAACCGCACCCUGAAGCUGCUGGCCCUCAAGGUUUCUGCUCACUUGAAAUGGGACCUGGACACACUGGAGAAAGGCCUGUCCAUUCCUGUGUUGAACAUGCUCCUGAAUGAGCUGCUGUGUGUCAGCAAGGUUCCCCCUGGGGUGAAACAUGUGGACCUGGACUUGUCCACCUUGCCCCCAACCACCGCCAUGGCUGUGCUCAUCUACAACCGGUGGGCCAUCCGGACUAUCGUGCUGAACAGUUUCCCAGAGAAACCAACUAAGCUCGGACCUCACCAGAUGAACAUGUUGAAUCUCGUACAGCAGGAGAAGGAAUCGACUGAAAAUAUAUUAAAAGUGCUAAAAGAGCAGUCGGAAGACUCCAUCAUGGUCUUGGAGGGGGCCCUGGGGAUCAAGAAAGACUUCUACAUCCACACCCUGAGGACUCUGGACCUCCUGGCAGCCGAACCCCCUACGACCAAUGGAGAAACGGAGUGUUCCACGGCUGGGCUCAAGAUCAGCGCUGACGAGCUGCACUGUCAGGUUCACUAUGAUCUGGGCGCCAUUUUCUUUCAGCAAGGCUGUUCAGAGCCCUCCUCGUAUGAGAAGGCCAGAGAACACUUCUUUAAAACCAAGGAGCUGCUGCUGAAGCUGGACUCUAAGGCCCUUCACUGUCGUCUGGAUGAGAGGCGCUUGGCUGGGUACUGGAACGCCUGCAGGGUCCUCACUGGAGCGUCUGACCCCAGCGAUGCACAGCUCACCCCCUACAGCCUCAUCAACAACUUCAUAAAAAGCAAAAACUAUCAGGCUCUUAUUGAGACGUUCAUCAAAGACAAUGUGACCCUCAGCCUGCCCAACUAUUUCAGACAGUCCAUCCUGAGGGAGUUUGUGCACAAAGUGCAGCAGGGGGACAGGACGUUGGAGGAGGUGUGUCACAAGCUGUGCGUGUGCAACGCCGUGCGGGAGGCGCUGGAGGGCCAGGUGGUCAGCGUGUUCUUCCAGCAGCUGCUCCUCAGACCCAACAAGCGCACCGUCGACUUCCUGCUGGAGGUGUGCACAAGGGCGUUGGACGCGGAACACGCAGAGACAUCCAGAAGAAAAUUAGCGGCUCUCCUGAAAGCCGUGUGUGAGAGUGUCGAGGAGACGUCUCUGGUCUUCAUGGUGUUCGCCCACAAGCUGUUCGUGGAGCUGUUACCGGAAGAGGAGAGGAAGACCCUGGUGGAGCAGAUGAGGAAGAGGUCGGCCAGUAUCAACCUGUCUGCCAAGCUGCUUCCCUCCUUCUACGACAUCCCAGCCUCCGCCAGCGUGAACAUCGGGCAGCUGGAGCACCAGCUCAUCCUGUCGCUGGACUGCCGCCGGAUCCGCCAGAUCCUCAUCGAGCUCCACGGCAUGGCCGAGCGCCCCUUCUGGCGCGUCAACAGCAAGUGGGAGGUUCCUCAGGACUACGUCAGCGUGAUAUUGGGCAUUAAGGACAACCUGACGCGGGACCUGGUGUACAUUCUCAUGGCAAAAGGCUUGCACUGCAUCACAAUAAAAGACUUUGCUCACGCGCGGCAGCUGUUCUCUGCCUGCCUGGAGCUGGUGACGGAGUUCUCGCCCAAGCUGCGUCAGGUGAUGCUGAACGAGAUCCUGCUGCUGGAGGUGCGCGCCCACGAAAGCGGGGGCGGGUGCACCCGAGAGCGCCCCCCUCCGGACCUGGUCAGCAGGGUGCGCGGGUACCUGGAGAUGAGGAUCCACGAUAUUCCUCUGCGGCAGCUCGUGGGGGAGGAGUGCGUGGCCUUCAUGUUGAACUGGAGAGAGAACGAGUACCUGACUCUGCAGGUGCCCCAGUCGCUGGUUAUGAACAACCCCUACAUCAAGCUGGGGCAGCUCUUGGCCGCCACCUGCAAGGAGCUCCCGGGGCCCAAGGAGAGCCGGCGGACGGCCAAGGACCUGUGGGAGGUGGUGGUGCAGAUCUGCAGCGUGUCCAACCAGUACAAGAGAGCCAGCGACGGGCGCGUCAGCCUGAUCAAGCAGCGAGACUCCACCAUGGGCAUCCUGCACCGGAGCAAAUUUGUCACGUUCAUCAAGAAACUGCGGGAGCCGCUGGUGCUGACCACCCUGAUCUCGCUGUUCGUCCGGCUGCACAGCAUCGUGCGGGACGACAUCGUCAACGAGGUCACGGCGGAGCACCUGUCGAUAUGGCCGUCGACCCUGCCAAACCUGCAGUCUGUGGACGUCGAGGCAGUGGCCGUGACCAUGAAGGAGCUCGUUACUUAUGCCCUGACCCUUAACCCCAACAACCACUCCUGGCUAAUCACACAGGCUGACAUCUACUUUGUGACCAGCCAGUACUCCGCGGCUCUGCACUACUACCUCCAGGCCGGGGCGGUCUGCUCCGACUACUUCAGCAAGGCGGUGCCCCCCGACGUCUACACCGACCAAGUUCUCAAGCGAAUGAUCAAGUGCUGUUCGCUGUUGAAUUGUCACACUCAGGUGGCAGUACUUUGCCAGUUUCUCAGAGAGGUGGACUAUAUGACUGCGUUUAAAGCUCUUCAAGAACAAAACAGUCAUGAUGCCAUGGAUUCCUUCUAUGACUACAUCUGGGAUGUCACGAUCCUUGAAUAUCUGACGUACAUACACCAUAAACGGGGAGAGAACGAAAAGAGACAGAUCGCUAUCAAAGCCAUUGGACAGGCGGAACUCAACGCCAGCAACCCUGAGGAGGUACUGCAGUUGGCGGCUCAGAAGAGAAAGAAGAAGUUCCUCCAGGCCAUGGCCAAGCUCUACUUCUAGCUCAAAACUGAACGAGCUCUUUUAAAUGACUGUAUAUAUCAUUCGUUUUCUACUUUAAAUUGGAAAAAUAAACAUUUCCAGCAUUU